AUUUGGCUCAAUCUCACAUCAAAAACCUCAUCAAUACCACAUCCUUUGCUUUCUUUUCCCUUCAGAUUUCAACCCAUUUGGCAUUGUCUUGUAAUGGAUAGGGUGAACAAGAUGGUUUCAGAAAGACCAGUGGUUAUCUUCAGCAAGAGCUCUUGCUGCAUGAGCCACACCAUCAAGACCCUCUUCUGUGACUUUGGAGUGAAUCCAUUGGUUCAUGAGCUUGAUGAGAUACCAAGAGGCAGAGACAUUGAGCAAGCUCUUUCAAGGCUAGGUUGCAGUCCCUCUCUGCCUGCUGUGUUCAUUGGUGGUGAGCUUGUUGGUGGAGCCAAUGAAGUCAUGAGUCUUCACCUUGAUCGCUCCUUGAUUCCAAUGCUCAAAAAAGCAGGAGCUCUUUGGGUUUGAUCAACGAUAUUAUGCAUUUGAUCUUCACCCUACUCAUCACUCAUCAUCAUGCACACUCUAAUAAACAUCUUUUCGCUAUUAUAUAUAACUAUAUAUAUGUAUCUAAUCAUGCCAUUACAUAGGUAGGGGCAGGAUAUAUAUGUAAUCAACAAGCUAUAUAUCCAUGCAUGCAUCUGCUAUUAUUAAUUAGUAUAGAGUUAUCGCACCAGCUAUGUAAUAAUAAGGCUAACUUAACUCAUGCAGCUCUGGUUUAGCCUUUUUUUGAUGGCUUAGAUGUAAUCUUAUCUUUUUGAUAUAUAUUUAUAUAUAUUUAUAUA